UUGUCAGAAUUAUGCACAUUUUAUUUUUCUCCUUGGAUAAACCGUAUUCGAUUAGAUUACAAAAAUUAUACUAUAAAAGAUCAGAUCGAUCUGAAUUCCUAGAAAAUCAUACAUUAGGCAGGAGGACACAUAAGUCUAUUGUAUACGAGAUGAGUGGAGCAACGUGGACUGAGUGUCUUUUUCGUUGUAGGCCACUGAGAUAAGCUUCCUUAUUGUUUUCAUGUCUUAACCACCAAUCACUCACAUUUCACAUCCAAAUCCACAAUAUGUGAAAUCCAACUCGAUCUGACUAAUCUUUGCUUCCCAAUGAGCAAUUGUGGAUUGAAAAUUCAUCUUCACAAGUUAUUAAUUAAUCAGCGUAAAAAAAAUUAAAUUAUUAGAAUAUAGUUACUUGUUAAUCUUUUUCAUUUAUGACUCUCUUUUUAUGUAAUGUGGAAAUGCGUUUAAGUUUACCUACAUGUUUUUGUGGGACGGUAGCUUAAUUAGAUGAAAACCAAACCAAAAAUACAAAAAAUGCUAGAUGUGUAUAAUUAUCGAUCAUAUAUCUCUAGAAAAUUAGACAAAUGACCCAGCUUAUUCACAUCUUACACAUGUAAAUGAACAUAUGGAAUCCCUUUACUACCCACUAGUACUACUAAUGGUUUUCCAAAACAGUGCAGCAUGGACCACAAUAAUUUCAAUUACUAUACCUAACAAACCAUUAUCUCUCUCCCUCUUUGUUUUUUAUCAUCUUCCAUGUAAUGAAAAGCAUUCCAUAAACCACUAACCACUAAACAAACUAAAAUCGAAAAAAAAAAACAGUGGGCGAUAUGCAUUACCACGGGUGCUGUUGCGGACGGUGUGGAGUAUCCACGUCGCCGUUGCCGGUAAUAGUCAUGAUCACGGUGGCGCUCGUCCUCUUGGCGCUUUCCUCCGCCGUAAAAUUUGAGGUUUCCCUCUCCUCAGGCGAAGAUAUGCUGAGCUGGCUCCUCCUAGCUGCGGUUCCAUUGGCUCUACUCUUUGCCCUGCGAUGUUUCUCUUGCCUUGAAACGGCGAAGCGAUCCGUCUACUACUGUCCAUGCGGCCGCUGGAAAUGCGUUUGCUACUACUAGCUAUCUAGUUUUGAACGCGGUUAGUGUCGUUGCGUUUACGUUUUUGUAAAUCAAUAAUUUCGUUUUGUAGGUAUUGUCGAUGUUAACGUGAAGGAUAUGUGGCGUGAUCAGACUUUUGUGUGUUAAAUUUGACGAACGUGAUCGGCUAUAAUAUUCAAUUUUAUAAAUAAAAAAUUAACAUAGCUUAUGUUUGUGUGAUCUU